AAUAUAAGCCAAUAACAUAUUUUUUUCUUAUUCUUUAUCAUUUUAAACUUGUCAUAAAAUUUCUUGCAUUGUUGAAUGAGACAUAAAAAGUUAAAAUGAAAUAUUUAAAUAGUGUAAAACCCACAGUUAGAAAAAACAAAUUUUUGCAAUAUGGCUUACCAUUUUUAAUUUUAGUUGUUGGAGGUUCAUUUGCUUUAAGAGAAUUUACAAGUAUUAGAUACAAAUACUCAAAGAAGCAAACAGUUACACCAGAAGAAGUGGAAAAGUUAGGUGUUAAGAUGAAGGAUGCAAAGGAAGUUACAUUAGAUAGUGAAUUUGAAAAAAUUAAAAAAUUGGAUAUUGAAAAUUGGGAAAAUAAACGUGGUCCACGACCAUGGGAAGAACAAACAUGAUCUUAUAGAAAAUAUUUAGGUUGACAAAUAAAUAUGUAUAGUUAUUAUUCAGUUUA